GCUGGUGUGUUUCCUUUGCCCUGCUCUCUGGCCUGUUCAACCGAGGUGCUUCUUCUUCCCCCAAUCCAACCGACGGCGGCGACAACGGAGCUAGCCAUGAGCGGGAGCAAUGGUACUACAGUACAAGAUUUAAUCCCGGCGCCGAGAAUGAUACGCGGCCGUGCUGUUGGCCGGGCACCGGGUGCAGGAUUGGACAACAGACAGAUGGAGUCUGAUAUUCUGGUGCAUAUACUUGAUGGAAGAGAGAAACCAACGAAUCUGCCAUUUUCACUUUUGAAGAAUAUCACAGGGAAUUUUUCUGAAGAUCGAGUAGUUGGUCAGGGUGGAUUUGCAAUAGUUUAUAAGGGCGUCCUUCCAAACGGGAGUGUUGCUGUAAAGAGGAUAAGGAACAACCAUUCCAUUGACGAGAAGCUAUUUUAUCGUGAAGUUGAUAGCCUGUUGACGAUUAAUCAUCAAAAUGUAGUACGGUUUCUUGGAUUCUGUGCUAGCACAGAACAUACAGCAAUAAAAAUUGAAGGAUCAAGCCAACAUAUUUACGCUGAGAUAAGAGAAAGAUUGCUCUGUUUUGAGUAUAUCAGCAAUGGAAGCCUAAAAAAUCAUAUUACUGAUGAGUUAAGGGGACUAGAAUGGAAUACACGUUACCAAAUAAUCAUGGGUAUCUGCGAAGGGUUGCAUCAUCUGCACAAGGAAAAACACAUAUAUCAUAUGGAUUUGAAACCUGCCAAUAUACUUUUAGAUAAUCAAAUGAGGCCAAAAAUUACGGAUUUUGGUCUAUCAAGGCUCGAUGAAAAAUCAGAAACCAUGAGUGAAGGCCGUUGUGGAUCACUAGGAUAUUGUGCUCCAGAAUACCUAUGGAAUGGCAAGAUGUCAUUCAAAUCAGAUAUGUUUAGUUUGGGCAUUGUAAUCAUUGAACUGUUGACUGGAGAGAAGGGUAUCCCUGAUAAUAAUAAGAACAAUGUACUUAGAAAAUGGAGGCACAGAUGGAAAAAAACAGGGAAUGAAACGCCAUUGAUUUACCAACAAGUAGCAAAAUGCAUGGAAAUUGGGUUGCUCUGCCAGGAAAUUGACCCGUCCAAACGGCCUUUUGUAUGGGAUAUGAUACAUGAUAUAAGAGAAAUGGAAGGUGCUAAUGGUAAAUUCAGUGAUGCCUGUGGAUAUACAUUUGGGCAGAUAAGCCCUUACUCAGAGGAUGAUAUGCUUGGGGUUGAACCACUCAAGCUACAUUUUCCUUUUGAGAUUAACAAGCAGAUAUCAUGCUCACUUAAGCUAACUAACCAGACUGAUGCUUACAUUGCCUUCAACAUUCAAAAGAUGAGUCCCCUUCCGUACUGCAUGCAGCCGAACAAAGGCAUUGUGCCGCCACAAUCUAAGUGUAGCGUUGACGUAACAUUGCAUCCACAGGACAUGGCACCACGGGAUAUGCAGCGUGCUGAUGAGUUCAUUGUGUGGAGCACCAAAGUGAAUAGUCUUUCAGCUGAGGAUAUAACUAUAAACAUGUUCAAUAAAGAGAGUGGUGUGGUUGAUGCGAUGAACUUGGAUGUUGUUUUUCAUACAGAAGAGAGCACCAUAGUAAGCAAGGAACUCAUACUGCACAGUAUCACUGAAGACAUGUCCAACAUUAAGAUAGAUGGUACAGUGGGGGAUGUGAAGAAAUCGCAGGAGUAUUUGUUGCCAACAGCCUUGUGGAUGUCAAGCACAGGCAGUCAUGAUCAUCGAGAGGCAGAAAAGGAGUCCAGUGAGCCACACGAAACAAGUGAAAAAACCAGUGAGGUGUUGCAGGAGAAAGUUAAGGAGUCACAGUACCAGAUUACCCCAUGGCAAACUGAAUUGCCAAAUAAGACCAGUCUUCCUGUUGGAAAAGCAUUGAGCAAAAACAGUCUUGAUAUCGUGCCCCAGGCACCAUAUCCUCAUGUACAAUCUCCAAUGUCUUCCCCUGUUCAAUGUAGAGGUGAUUGGAGUGUAUUAGCAAACAAAAACGGUCAAGUAAUUCCAAGUGAGGACCCUGCAAGAAAUACUGAUCAUGAUUACAGAGAAAGAACAUCUCUUUCAAGCAGCAACCAAUUUAGGAACGACGUUUCUACUCAAGCAUCUCAACAUGAUUCUCAUACUGUCCAAUUUGAUUUGGAUACCCAGAGCCAAAACCCACCAUUCAAGGGCCUUAGUAGAAGCGAUGUCUUGGAUGGUUCUGUGGGUGCGGAAGCCCAACAUGUGCGAGAAACUUCUGCUCAAUGGGGUCCUGGAGACUCACCUAAUUUAGCAUCUGUCCUCGAGGAAGUUUCAUCUCACCUAAUUUCAUAUCCCUAUCUUCCUACUAUUCCCGAGGAGCCUGGUUCCCCUUUCUCUUACGCUGCAGAGGAUGAUCCAUUGCCAGGCAUAAUAGGCCUUCGAAUUACGGGCGAAGGUUUUCCUGGGCGAGAACUACAAGCAAGUGGAUACUCCAUUUAUGGAACAACAACCUGUUUUUUUAAGUGGGCACGGCAUUUAGAAGAUGGCUCUGUAAUAUUCAUAGAAGGAGCAACCCAACCUAACUAUUUAGUUACUGCCGAUGAUGUGGACACUUUACUAGUAGUUGAAGUCCAUCCCCUAGAUGACAGAAACAGACAGGGUGAUGUUGUCAAGGUUUAUGCUAACAACCAAGCAAAAAUUACCUGCGAUCCUGAAACAAAGGAACUUAUUAAGAGAACUCUUGAGGCUCGGCAUGUGUCUUAUCAAGUCCAACUACCUGUGAGAUACAUGUGGGAACCAGCUGUUCUAGCAAUAAAUAGGGAAGGUUACGGUAUUAAAUGUAACGGGCGACGUGGCGUUGUUUGUACGGAGAACUUCCUUCAAGCAAGAGCGAUCUGAUCUUCAAUGGAGGGGCUCCUUCACUGGGAUUUCUCGCCUGAUUUGGCGGUUGAGGCACAGGUUCAUCGACGGUUUGGAUCUGAUGUUCACUUUUCUCCCUCCUCUUCUUCGAUGGAAUUCUUUUUGGUGGUCACGUUCUCUUCGGCCUCUUUUGCUCUCUCUGAGGAAUCUGUGGGAAUUGCUUUGCAAUGUUGCAUUGGAGGCGAUCGUCUGGGGUUUAGGGUUUGCCAAACCAGUGAUCGUCGUUUUCGGUUCUUGGUGGCAUCUAAGAAAGUGGGGCAUUACAUCUGUGGUCUUCAAGAUAGAGUUUGGCCUGAUUUUGUUUGUCAUUUCUCCCUCUAUCGAGGAGUACAAUCUCAUGUUAAAGGUUUUAUGAUGCCCACAUUUGAGGCUUGGUCUUCCCAUGAUCAUAUUGUGGAAGUGCUUGGUUCCUCAGAUUUUGAAUUGGCCAAAUUUGGGCUCUCUUUUCGUCCGAAUGAAGAUAUUGGAGCAAUUGCGAAGGGAAAGGUGCAGCAUUCUAAGUCUAAUCACAUUGAAUCUGCCAACAUUUCUAUUGGUCAGUUCUGUUUUAAUCUCCCUCUAGAUCAAGGGAAGGGUCCAUCAUCAUCAUUGGAUCCAAAUUUUUUCAUGCAAUUGCCCAAGGUUUUUGGUCAACAGGCUAGGGUUCCGAAGAUUCAAAUUCCAAAUGAGGCAGUUCCACCAAUCAAGGGUUUUGCGAAGAAAACGGUAACAACCUCCAAGGUGGAUCAAUCCACGUAUGCAUGGUGUUAUUCUGUGCCUGGGUCCACUCUGCAGCACUUAGAGGAUUUACGUGUAGCAAAAUAUUAUGAUCAAGAUAUAUUGGAAAUUUUAAAUGUACCAUCUAUUCCUCCUA